UCAUCAAACAGCUCUGACCGCAGACCGACUGAGCGGGGAGCGGAGGAGUGAACGUUGCUGAAAAUAUCGCUACAAAACGCUGGGAAAUUAUGCUUUUCUGUCGUGUUAUUCUGGUGGAAAUUUGGACUUGAACUACUAUGAUGAAAUAACGUCAAACGGAGCGUCACGUUCACGGGAGAAACUAAAGAAAGAAGAAAAAAGGUUGUGAUGUUGGUCUGAAUCUGAUGAUCUCACUCUGCUUCAGGACUACAUUUCCCAUGGAGCCGUGCACAGACACGCACACUUUUCUACCAUGGAGCCACCAGUCAGGGUUUUGGACCCAAAGAGCCAGUGAGACAGAAGACGACCUGAUAUUGUGAUAUCACCCUCCUGUGUGUCCCCUCCACCCCUGCUGUUCCUCUUCCAGCUGACCAUCCUUCUCACCGAGGCCUCGUGUGGCGGGCCCGAGCUCCUCCCCGACUCCCCCGCGCUCCCUCGACUCCCACUGUGGAUUAAAGAUUCUUAUCAGGACUCUGAGCAUCAGCUGACCAGGAGCUCCUGAUCACAAAGGACGGCCCAGUCUGGGCCCAGUUCCGGUCCAGUCUCAGUCCAGUCUCUGCUGCAGGAUGGCAGGUGUACCGUUCUGUUUGGCUGCGAUGGCCGCCGCUCUCCUGCUCACCCUCAGAGCUGACGCUGCAGGUCAGAACCCGGACCACGUGCUGCAGGGGACGGGGGUGAAACCCGAGGCUCGGCGGCCCGGUGAGGACUCGACCAUUGCGCCCGAGGACGCCGCCCGGUUCCUCAGCUGCUACUGCUCCGGACACUGUCCAGAGGACGCCACCAACAACACCUGCCAGACCAACGGUCAGUGUUUCGCCAUCAUCGAGGAGGAUGAGCACGGUGAGGCCAUCCUCACCUCCGGAUGCAUGAAGUAUGAAGGCUCACACUUCCAGUGCAAGGACUCUCCCAACGCUCAGACCAGGAGGACGAUCGAGUGCUGCAACACCGACUUCUGCAACAGAGACCUGCAGCCCACCCUCCCCCCUCAGCCUCCCGCAGAAGGAAGCCCCCACUGGCUGGCCUUCCUCAUCUCCAUGACGGUCUGCUGCUGCACUCUGAUCUGCGUCACCGUCGUCUGUUACUACAGGUAUAAGUGGCAGAGUGAGCGUCAGCGGUAUCACAAGGAUCUGGAGCAGGAGGUCUUCAUCCCUGCUGGAGAGUCUCUCAAAGACCUCAUUCACCAAUCACAGAGCUCCGGCAGCGGCUCCGGGCUCCCCCUGCUGGUGCAGCGGACGAUCGCCAAGCAGAUCCAGAUGGUCCGUCAGAUCGGUAAGGGGAGGUACGGCGAGGUGUGGCUGGGCCGCUGGAGGGGAGAGAAGGUGGCCGUCAAAGUCUUCUUCACCCGCGAGGAAGCCAGCUGGUUCAGAGAGACGGAGAUCUACCAGACGGUCCUGAUGAGACACGAAAACAUCCUCGGCUUCAUCGCGGCCGACAUCAAAGGCACCGGCGCCUUCACGCAGCUCUUCCUCAUCACCGACUACCACGAGAACGGCUCUCUGUACGACUACCUCAAGCUGACCACGCUGGACACGCAGACUCUGCUGCGGCUGGCGUACUCCGCCGCCUGCGGCCUCUGCCACCUGCACACGGAGAUCUACGGCACGCAGGGCAAGCCGGCCAUCGCCCACCGAGACCUGAAGAGCAAGAACAUCCUGAUCAAGAAGAACGGCACCUGCUGCAUCGCCGACCUCGGCCUCGCCGUCAAGUUCAACAGUGACACUAACGAGGUGGACGUCCCUCUGAGCACACGGGUGGGGACGAGGCGCUACAUGGCCCCCGAGGUCCUGGACGAGAGCCUCAACAAGAACCACUUCCAGGCCUACAUCAUGGCCGACAUGUACAGCUACGGCCUCGUCAUCUGGGAGAUGGCGAGACGCUGCGUCACCGGAGGUAUCGUGGAGGACUACCAGCUGCCGUACUACGAGAUGGUGCCCUCCGACCCGUCUUACGAGGACAUGCUGGAGGUGGUUUGUGUCAAAGGACUGAGACCGACCGUGUCCAACCGCUGGAACAGUGACGAGUGUCUCCGGGCGAUGCUGAAGCUGAUGUCAGAGUGCUGGGCUCAUAACCCCGCCUCCCGCCUCACCAUCCUCAGAGUGAAGAAGACGCUCGCCAAGAUGGUGGAGUCCCAGGACAUCAAGAUCUGACGCCUCCCUCUUCCUCCAUCUUCAGUCGCUCCAGAAACAACUGUGGACUCCUUCCUCCACCUCCUCCUCCUCCUCCAGCUCUUCCUCCCACCUGAACCCACUCAACCAGAUUGGACCGGAUCAGGCUCCUUCUUCACCAGGAGGAGGAAGAGGAGGAGGAGGUGGUAAAUAAUAAAGGACCCGAUCAGGGCUGAACUGCGCAUCUCCUCCUCCUCCUCCUCCUCCUCUAUCUUCAGUCGCUUUGGAAACGAACUUGGGAGUCUUUGGUCCUCCUCCUCCUCCUCUUCUUCAUCCCACCUGAACCCACUCAACCGGAUCAGACCAAAUCAGUUUGUCAUGAGGAGGAAGAGGAGGAGAAGUUGGGAGAUACUAAAGGACCUGUUUGAGGACAGAACUUCGCACCUCCUCCUCCUCCUCCUCCUCCUCCAUCUUUAGUCUGUCUGGAAACACACAAACGGUCCCUCCGCCUCCUCCUCCCUAAUCUUUGGUUCCGGAAACAAAUGUGGACUCCCUCCUCCUCCUCCUCCUCCUCCUGCUGCUCCUCCUCCUCCAUCUUCAGUCACUUUGGAAACGAACACAGACUCCUUCCUCGACCUCCUCCUCCCCCAUCUUCAGUCAGUCUUGAAACAAACGUGGAGUCCUUCCUCCUCCUGUUGCUCCUCCUCCUCCUCCAUCUUCAGUCUUUCUGAACAAAUGUGGAGUCGCUCCUCCUCCUCCUCCUCUGUCUGUGCUGAGUGGCUCGUCGGGAGCGAGACAGCCGGGUUUGACGCUUUCUGUGAAAGCCAAACGAGACAAUAAAGACAUUUUUAAUGACGGUGGCGAGAGGAGGCGGGGCGGGGAGGAGCUGCUGGCGCUCGUCGUGAACGAACACGGGAGCCGCGGCGUCACCUUCCUCCACUUCUGCCUGUUUCAAAAACGCUUAAAAAAUGCCAAUUUUUUGUUUUGUUUUUGUUCAUUUCUCUUCAGGACUGAGUUCUCCUGCCAUAUUGAAAUAUAUCUCCACUCUAAAAAGUAGAGUUAAUUAUAAAAAGGUACUAUUAUAAUAUGUGAAUUUAAACGUGUAAAUAAAUGUUAUCGUUAGAUGCCGUGCCUACUCAUGAGAGGAUUAUUAAAUAAACCAGAACACUGUGCUGCAGUGGUGUUGACGUCCAGCCGACUCCUCAGAGACGAUAACGGGAGUCACCACGGAGACGUCUACCGUCCUGUCUGUCUGUCUGUCCACAUCCUGUCUGUGUGUCCUUAUCUUGUCCGUCUGUCUGUCUGUCUGUCUGUCAUGAGAUGAUCGGUUAUAAAGAGGCGGAGCUGCUCUGGUGGCACAAAGAAAUCUGAUUGGUUGAGCUAAACCUCAGUGGGCGGAGCAAAACGACUCGAGUGUCGGUUCUAAUCAAGACUUGCAGAUCUGAUCACAAAAAAUAACAAAUCAAUCAUGUUUUAUAUCGCGUUUCUCUGUGGGCCGACGUAGAAGUCGUCCUGCGUCCCUCGACAAAUAACCUACGGGAUUUUUCCGUUGGAUUUUGGAUUAUUGCAGAAAAUAAGAUCUGUGACAAAAGAGAAGUUUAUGAUACAGGUGUAGUUCAGUAAGAUAAUCUUCACGUUUGAACAUCACUGUGACUUUUUAAAUCUUAAAUAUAGUCGGCAGAAGUAAAAAGCGCCGACAUUCGGCUACAUUAUUCUACAAACCCGUAAAAUAACAGAUGAUGUUCUGUUUUUCCAGUUUCCGGCUGUGAUAAAUGGUGUCAUUUCUUGUGAUUUUUUUUUUCAAAGAAA